AGUUUCAAAAGAUAAAGAAGCGCAGCGCCAUGAAAGCAAAAUGAGUUCAAAAAACAACAGAAAAUACGGAUUCAUUUAAAUCACAUGUGUCCAAUGCACAGAAAUUGAAACUUGGCAGAAAAGUCUUUUCGAAAAAUUCCCAAAUGUCUGUGCAGUGAUAACCAAAACGAAAGGUUUCAACAACUAUUUACAAUAACAACAACAACAAUCACAACUUUGUAAAAAGUGUAGACAAAGAACAUUUAAAAACAAAAUAUAAAUAGAAGUAAAGAGUAAAGUAGUGAAAACUAGUGAUAAGGAGUUUGCAUUGAAAGUCCUGAAGAUGCCUGCGCUUACAACAGAAACAAUUUUACUUCAGGCCAUAACAAAUGCCAACAUAACAGACAACCCACUUCAACAGCGAUUGCAACCGGAAACCGUACUAAGUCCCGCUCCAACGGUCGGUGGUGGUGUUAGCGGUGAUGAUGGUGGAGCUGGUCUCGGUGAUACAAGUACGCUCAGCAACAUCGCUUCAAUUAUACUCUCGAAUUUCCUGCCAACCAACACAAACUCAAAUUCUAUUGCAGCAAUGCAUAAACCAUCUUUUGCCACAUUUAGCCCGCCAAGCAUAGAGAAUCUUGUUGCCAGCUCAGCAGAGGAUUUAAACAAUUUUCGGGAUGUGACAUUUGAUAUCUUUGACGAUGACGACGAUUUAUUUGGCUCACCCAUGGCAUUCGAUGCUAGUGAGAACGGUUUGUGGAAUGGACGUUUUGUACCGCCACCGCCACGGCCACCCUUUUUCAUGGAUGAACCAGUGCUGAGUGAUGGACUGACAACGUGUGAUUUGUGUUCUUGGGCCAUGCCAACCAAGAGUACUUUUAUCUUUGAGGGCACAAUAGAAAAAGCAUCUGAACUGGGUUGGCCUUUAACACUUAUAAUUGUGUCCAUUUUGUCAGCACUUCUGGGGGCAAUUAUAAUGAUUACAGUGGUGCGAUGCAGAAGAAAAAAAGCUUCAAACAAUCGUAAUGAAACGCAUGUGCAAUGGUGGUCACGCAAUAAACGUCCCAACAAUAGCAAUAACAACAAUCAUUUGCGGCGUAGCAACAUUUAUACAGCGCAUCCAGCCGACAGUAUACGAGGACUGCAACAACCGUCAUUAUCAGCAGCAUCAUCGCUAACAGCAAUGACAGCCAUGGGUGUACCGCCAGCAGCAACAAUUGCCGCUACAACCAACACAACACAGUCACAACAACAGCAAUUCUAUGCACCGCACCUGCAUCACCAACAUCAGCACCAACACCAACAUCAACAUCAACAUCAGCAUCAGCAUCAAUUACAAUUGCAACAGCAUCAGCAAUAUCAUCAACCGUUGCAACACGAAUAUGAAUAUGAGCAUGAGUAUCACCAGCCACAGGAAUUGCAAUUGCAGUUGCAACAUCAGCGGCAGCAUAGCUCGUCAAUGUCAUCAACUACGUCGUCGCCCUCGUUGACAACCACAACAACAAUGAUGCCAAUGCAAUUGCAUGUGCAACGUCCACACCAUCAUGAGCAACAUUUGCGCGAGGAUGCCUGCCACUGGCCCAAUGCAACGAUGAUGGUGGCCAGCUGAGUAGAGGCUACAUAUGCAGAGCCCACCUGACAACCGUGUCCGCAGCAUUCCGGUGCUGCGACCAUUGCUAGUGCUGGUGUAAGAAGCUACGAAUUCGACUGGGCAAGAACAAAGAGCUUAGAAAGUUUGAAAAAUGAUUGGAUUUGGCAGUGAAAGAGCAAAAUGAUUCGCCCUGAAGCAGAGCCAGGCAAUGGGUUGGUGUAUUUUUAAGGAAAAUGAAAUGCCCAAAGUACGCUUACAGUGUUUCGUUGUGUUUGUGACCAGCAAUAGUCUGAUUUUAGCUAAUUUAGUAGUGCAAUAAUUUUACAUGUUAACAGCUGCAAGCGUAGCAACAUGCUGUGCAACUCAUUUGUUGCUAAGCAAUUAGGAACAUAAAAAUUUGUGCGCCGAGCAACAUGUCGCUAUGCGAAAAGUAGCUGAAAAGUUUAAAGUAGCUUUGUUAAAACCAUUUUCACAUGCAAAUAAAAUGAGUUCUUCGUCAUAAUGGAUGCUAUGUGAAGCAUAAAUACUUAAAGUUCCGUACACCGUUUCAGUGCUUCAGUGCUUCAGUGCUCCUGCUGCAGUGCUUCCAACACUUUUAUGUGCUAAAAUGCUAACCUCACAUUUCAUUGAUACUCCUUAAAACUGCAGCAGCUUUGUCACGUAUUGAUUUGUGGUGGUCAUCAAAUUUUGGUGUUGUUCAACAAAAUUUACUUUCCUGACUUACUAGCGCCACAUGCUGGUCACGUCUUAUCCUUUAUUGCUUUUUGGUAUUAGUAAAAGGAAGAAUUUAUGUUGCCAACUUAACAUGAAACAUAUACGAAAAAAAAAAAUAGAAUAAUAUAUAAAAGUAUAUAAAAUAUGAAAACGAAUAAAAUAAAAUAAAAUAGAAAUAUCUGAAAAUCUGUGUAAAAGGAAAAAGGAAGUAAAAAAAGAUGUAAUCAAAUUUAAUGAUUGUUUUUAUAAACAGGGUUUUACGCAUUUUACAACAAAUAACAACAAAUUACAUGGAAAUGAGUGAAAUUUUAAUGACGUAGCAUUUAUUAUUUUUACGAAAACCAGAAGAAAAAAAUUAAAAAUUAAAUAAAAUGCGUUUAAAUAUCAUAUCACAAAAGUAAGCAUUUUAAUUGAAUUAAAAACUGUGUAAAUUUAAUUAAAAUUAUUAAAAUAUAAGGA